UGGCCCCGCCCGCCGGAAGCGCGUGGGGCGCAUGCGCAGAGGGCAGGCGCGUGGGGCGGGGCGGCCAUGGCGGGCAGGGUGCUGUUCCGGCGUGGAACCGGGCAGAGCGACGACUCGGACAUGUGGGACGACACGGCCCUCAUCAAGGCGUACGACAAGGCGGUGGCCUCCUUCAAGAAUGCUUUGAAGAACGGGGAAUGCUCAGAGCCUUCGGAUAAACAGGAGCAGCGGCCAGGGAUGAAAAGGAAAAACAGCAAGAAGAACAGGAACAGAAAUAAGAGCCAUGCGAUGCCGGUGAAACAGUGGAAAGUUGGUGACAGCUGUAACGCUGUUUGGUCUGAGGAUGGUAACGUGUACCCAGCAACUAUUGCCUCCAUAAAUUUGAAGAGGGGUACAUGUGUCGUUACGUACACCGGAUAUGGAAAUAAGGAGGAACAGAACCUGGCUGAUCUACUUCCUCCAGCUAGCGAUGAAACGAAUGAAAAUGAGACUCCAUAUUCAACAGAUGAAAGUGAAAAAUCUUCCCAGUCGCAUCGAAAUGAAAAUAACUGCACAAAAGCAAGGUUCUCUCCUAAAAACUCAAGGUUUCCCAUACCACCGGCAGCCCCAGGCUUGGGAAGGCAUGGAUCAAAAUUCAGAACACUUCCACCAUUCCUGUCGUGCUGGCCCCCACCCUUUCCAGCAGGACCACCGUUGAUUCCUCCUCCGCCACCAAUGGGGCCAGAUUCUCCUGAGGAUGAUGAAGCACUGGGGAGCAUGCUGAUAGCUUGGUAUAUGAGCGGUUAUCACACGGGAUAUUACCUGGGGUUAAAACAAAGUCGAAUGGAAGCGGCCCUAGAGAGGGAAGCCUGUCUAAAAUAACUGAAUAGCCAUCACUCUUCUGAAGGAUUACAGGUACAAAUGUUUCUCACUGAGAGAGAUGCUCACUUGUGCGCUGGGUGAUGGUGAAGAUCAAAAUUUUAGCAAAGAUGAUAAAUCUUUGCUUUCUUAACAGCGAGCUACCCAUGGUAACAGGUAGACAAAUUACUCGAGAGUAGUAAUUAUAUGUGCACUGAAACAAGCUAUUUCUUGGUGACAUCUUGGCAUAUGAGUUUAGAAAGUACUGACACAAUAAAGUGUUUUUUUACUUUCUUGAAGCAAAAUAAUAAGUCCAUCAAGUGUUU